UUUAACGGUCCGGUGAAUGAGACGAUUAGAGACAAUAACAUAUGCGUAAUAACACAAGUACCACCUUAGAUCACGCGUCAGUUCUGCUGGUUUUUUUUUUUUUAGCUUGUUUGUUUUUCAGCAGAAGUCCUGAGUGCGUGUCAGACGAACAGCUGAACCAGACUUUGAUUCCUAAGUGACAAUAGAAUUGUGUUUGGAUAGAAUUAUGUUUGGAGCACGUGGGCGCAUUAGAACGUGUGUAGGUUGGAAAGGGUAGAAGACUAACAGGUAAAACAACAAAUACAACUACAGCACAACUCUGCAGUCAUGCAUUAGGUUUAAUCCGUAUCCAGGAAGUGGCACUUCCGCGCUCCAGAAGACAGUGCGCCUCUCCUUCAGCCGGUGCGUAAAGUGUGCGUCGGGUUUGUUUUGCGCGUUUGCACCCGAACAACCGCAUGAGAACGCAGCACAAACAAAGCGCGUGAAACCUGUACGCUUUUACACCGUACCUCGGCUUUGACACGAACGAGUGCGUGAAAAUGUGACGUCUGAGCUGAGCAUGGAAUAUUACUGGAACGACGUGUGCAUGACAUGGUUAUGAUUAUGACAUGACAGAAUUUGCCAGCAUUCAGUAUGAGUAGUGACAGCAGAGAGCUGGUCGACUCCGGAGAGGAAGAGGGGCCCAGAGAAGAGCUGGAGGAGGAAGAUGAGCCCAAACUGUGCCAAGUGUGUGGAGACAGUGCUACAGGUUACCACUUCAAUGCUAUGACCUGUGAAGGCUGUAAGGGUUUCUUCAGACGGGCUAUGAAGGGUACACCUAAGUUCCGUUGCGCGCUCCAGAACAAAUGCGUCAUCACCAAGAGCAACCGACGUCAGUGCCAGUCCUGCCGUCUACAGAAGUGCCUCUCAAUUGGCAUGUUAAAGGAGUUAAUCAUGUCAGAUGAAGCUGUAGAGAAACGGAGGAUGCUCAUUCGCAGGAAAAGGAUGGCCGAGGAACCUACUAUGCUCACGCAAGAACAAGAAGCUACCAUUGAGGAGCUGCUCCUGGCUCAAAAAAAAACAUUCAACAUGACAUUCUCUGACUUCAGCCAGUUCCGGCCGCUUGACCGUGAUGUUGAAAACAUCAAGGAGCCUUCAUCCAGCCACCAGUUUUCGUCUACUGCAGAGAGACAGGAGGACGUAGAAGGCCUUAUAGAGAACGGCAUCAGGCAUGGCUUCACUUCCAGGACACUCCAAAGUGAGGAGGAAGAUAAUACCAGUACACAAAGAAAGUUCAAGUUCACCAACCUCCCUCACAUCACAGAUCUCAGCACGUACAUGAUCCAGAACGUCAUCAGCUACGCCAAACUCAUCAAAACCUUCAGAGCUCUGACAAUCGAGGAUCAGAUCUCACUGCUGAAAGGUUCUACGUUCGAAAUCGUCCAGAUGCGCUUCAACAUGCUGUUUAAUGAAAAGACAGGGGUUUGGGAAUGCGGCUCUCUGAAGUACUGCAUGAACGAUGCGCAGCGCGCUGGUUUUCAGCGCCACCUGUUGGACCCUCUCCUGAAGUUCCACUACACACUGCGCAAGCUUCACUUACACGAUGAAGAGUAUGUCCUAAUGCAGGCAAUUUCACUCUUCUCCCCAGACCGGCCGGGUGUGACGGAGCACAAAGUGAUCGAUGAGCUUCAGGAGAGAUUCGCUCUCACGCUAAAGGCCUACAUCAGCAUGAAGCGGAGCGGCCCAGAGAGACAAUUGCUGUUCCCAAAAAUCAUGGCUUGCCUGACUGAAAUGAGGAGUAUGAACGAGGAACACACUAAACAGGUGCUGCAGAUUCAGGACAUCCAGCCGGAAAUGUCUCCUCUCAUACUGGAGAUCGUGAGCAGACAAUACUGACCCUUGUACCAAAGCUCACACCUAAAAACAGCAAGAGCAUCUGAUCCCUCACGCUCAAGUCGCACCGCUUCUCUGGAUGUCUUUAGUAGAGCUGGACGAAUCGGUUCAGGCGAUGAGCUUUCGCAGCAUUCCUGCAGCUUUACCUCGAGUCGGUUCAAAUGCUACUCAAGUGUGUACGUCUUAAAAAGGUACACUCGAGUAGAGUGAGGAACACGAAUCGUGAUGUCACAAGCCAGUGUAUUUUUUUUUUCUUUUGAAUUAUCCUAAGGUUAACUCAGAAGGGUCUGUACUGGCUAAUGAUAUUAUGAUCCUUGUGAACAAUGACUACUAAGCUCUAAAUUACAGGGAAAUGUUUGACUAACCUACAAACAUCAUUUGUAUCAAAUGAUCUCAAAGAAAAUAUUCUCUUAAUAAUUCUCUAAAGUAGCACUGGACCGAUGUUAACGAUCGUUGGUAGUCCAGCGAAGGUUCGGAUAAACGCUGUGUGGGAACGGACUGUGGAACAAACUCAUAUCUACAAGCAAGUCCUCUGCCUUGUGAAGGUGCAACUAAAGGUAGGGGCGGAGCUUGUGUGGGUGAAGAAUAGCCGGUGUGUUUAAUGCCCAUUUUUAUCAAAUGACCUCAUUUGUUCUCCAUCAGAUGUUAAAAGCGCACAGGAAGCGCAGGAAACCGGAGUGGCCUUUAGAGGGGAAACUGUCGAUGCAACAUGACGUUACUUCUUGUUGCAAUGCGUGUGCUUAUUAUUGGCCUUGUGAGAUUACUAUGUGAAGAUACAGAUGAAAUGACACUUAAUGUGAGCCAAAAGACAAAUAGAAAUUCCAUCAUGCACGAUUGACUAGAAUAACAUCUCAAGACUCAUAUAUACCAUAUAUAAGUAAUAUGUUAUACCCUAAACCUACAGUAACCCUAAAAUAUAUUGGCCCCUUUAUACUGUAGAUGAAAAGACAUCAUUUUGGUCCAUAGACCCAGAGGUCCAGGGAUGGAGCUGGACCUGAUCUAACUCCUUCUGUAAGCUUAAUUCUAACCCCUACACAAACACAGAGAGACUUUCAUCAUUUUGCAGACCUUUUAUCCAAAGUGACAUACAAAUAAUGAAAUAAAAGCAAAGUGAUUAAAGUGCCAAGUGCAAAGAGUUUAGUGCAGGAGGUUCAAAGUUCACACAGUAGACAAGGUUGGAGUUUGGACAGGUUGGACGGUAAGUUUGAACAGUACAUGUUCUUGAAAAAAGAGGAUCUUUAACUAUUUUUAAAGAUGGAUAUUGUUCCAGAUUGAGGUUGGAAGAGCAUUCCACCACUGAGGGACAUUCAGUUGGAAAGUUCUGGAAAGGAACCUCGUGCCUUACAGAGUAAAAAUUACAAGUGUCAGUUAACUGCAGGUUGUGGGUGGGAAAGUGAACCUCAAACCUCUCUCACACACAUACACCCACACACACCCACACACACCCACACACACCCACACACACACACACUAUUACAUAUCCAGCCUGAAACGCCAGACAAACUGCAUAGCUACAUCUACACUGUAGUUGGUAAUUGUGUUUCUACAAAAUAUCCUCUGUAGUAGUUACAGUACCUGGUAACAUGACUACAUGUACAGUAGCUCUGAGGUUGCUGCUACUAAUACGGGGCAUGUGGUAGCCUAGUAGUUAAGGUCUUGGGCUACCAACCAGAAGGUUGUGAGUUCGAUCCCAGGUCCACUAAGAUGCCACUGUUGGGCCCCAGAGCAAGGCCCUUAACCCUCAAUUGCUCAGUUGUAUAAAUACAAAAUAAUGUGAGUCGCUCUGGAUAAGGGCAUCUGCCAAAUGCUGCAAAUGUAUCUUGAGAAACUUAAUACAAUAAUUCAAUAUAUCCCACAGAUGCUGCAUUAAAUGUACAAGAUCAGGCUGCAAUUGUAAAUAAGAACCUGUUCUUAAUGACUUGCCUGUUAAAAUAAAUAAAUUAUUAAAAAGUAUAAGCUCCCCGGACAUUAGUCACACCCACUCACCACAGUGGUAUUGUAAUGGCAGUAGGUUGUGCUAUGUAGAUUAAGUAGCUUAGUUUUAAAGCACAUAAGUGGUUUGUUGGUUCAACUCUAAGGAUUACUUUAACUCAGUCUGAUCGAAAGUGUUUGGGAUUUCACUAACCAGCAGAGAAUCUCUUGGUCACUGGUUUGAGUCUGUAAGUUGUGUGAUUUUGUUAAAGUGCUGAGAUCCUGUAGUAGGAGAGAAACACAAUCACAUCAGCUGUAUUAUUUUAUUACUCUAAAUCUCAGUAUCUAUAUUCAGAUGUAACCCGAUGUGGGCGUGACCUAAACCGGACAGUAGAAAUCCCCGCAUUCAGUCAGCAUUGUACGGCAGGGGAGUUCCUGCUUCGACGGUUUGUCAACCUCAGCAACAUCGCUCGACUUUAUAAUUAGUCUCUAUUAGAGAUGUGCGAAACAGGACUGUUUUUUAUCUCUUGUUUUAAGUUCCACAUACUUUGCAUCUGCCUGAAAAGCUUUCUAAUGAAUUUAGUUGGUUCUUUUUGCCAGAAAAUAAACAAAUUACUACCCUAAUUUAAACCUCGGUGACCCUGACCAGGAAGAUACUAAGGAUGAUGUAUGUGUAUUAUGCAGCUCUGUACAUUCCUAUUAAUAAUCACAAUAGUCGUUCCUUGUCCCACAAGCUUCAUAUCUAACAGCAUGCUUCUACAGGAAAGUAAAAAAAAGCUCUUAAAAACUUAAGGAAAAACUCAGGAAUACAAUAAAUAAAAUUAAAAGCUGGAACAUUAUUGAACACAUUCACAAAAUAUUUAAACACUUGGAUCAGGUUAAUAAAACAAUCCCAUCCUGAGCUUAUUGUACAGUUUGAUGUCUGCAGAUUGUUUGAGAACAUGGUCACAUUUACACCUCAUGCUGUAGGUGAAUUGUCACCCACUCAGUUGUCUAAAACUGACAGGAACGCAAUCAAGACACUGCAGUGUUACCUGACAGGUGAGUGGAGGUGUAACCCAAGGUGCGUUUCAAUCAGUAGGAUUACACUUCAGUAGUUCAGGACACUGAUCAGAACAUUGGCCAUUUUAAGGGUUCUCUCUCUCUCUCUCUCUCUCUCUCUCUCUCUCUCUCUCUCUCUCUCUCUCUAUUUAUCCAUUUGUCCAUCCAUUUGUCCAUCCAUCCGUCCAUCCAUCCAUCCAUCCAUCCAUCCAUCCAUCCAUCCAUCCAUCCAUCUAUCUAUCUAUCUAUCUAUCUAUCUAUCUAUCUAUCUAGUGUCCUUAAAGUAAUUGAUGCCAAAAAAUUUUUUUAAAACCUCUCGGGUCUCAAAACUGUCAGAUAAACCUUCCUUUACGAAUUGUCUUUGUAGGUUUCUGAUAGUCUGUAUACAGUUUGUUUGACCGUAGAGACCUUUAAGCCUUAAAUGAUUGAAAAAAUACAUUUAAAAAUAUAUGUAUAUAAAAAAUAUAUUUAAAAAAAUAUAUACAGUAUAUAUAUCCACUAGCUAUCCUAUGCUCCUGCUUGAACUCCCUUUAUUUAAAUAACCUAAAAAAUGUGUUAAAGAAAGAUAUUGUUCCUGCUUGUUGUUGAUAAAUGUGAGUAGUGAUGUUUUAUAAUGUGAGUACUGUAUGUAGUCAUGUCAUCGGUAAUUGAGUCAUCUGUGUCCCAAUGUGAAGCGAGCCCUUUCUAGCUCAGGGACAUGCAGAUUGAGACACACCCUAGGUGUUAGGAAGGAAAGCACGCAUGUGAUUCAUUUCUUAUCUGUGGAGCUUCGAGUUUGGCCAGUUUUUAUGUAAGGAAUCAAACCAUUGCAAAGACAUAAGAAGGCAGGUUAUAUCUCAGAGGUAGUGAAUGUCAUUGAGAUGAUUAAUCAGGAAUAAAAUGUAUAUAAGGUUUGCACUUAUUUGGGUGCAGCUGUAUCUGUGUGAUCUGUUCAAUAUAAAGAUAAUGCUUUUAUUUUUUUAAAAGAAGAUGAAGCCUAGAAAAGGGCUUUGAUGCCAUGUAUUAAGUUAUUCUGCCUUUCGUGUACAAAGCCUCAUGCCAGUUACCUUAGAGCCGCAGCCACGAUACCAGCUGUCCACUGGAAACUAUACUGAUUGUGUUUUUUAUAGAUAGAGAGAUUACGCUUAAAUGUUACAUGUUACGUGAGAUGUUGUAUGUAAGUAAGAGAAGAGAAUUUACACUGGAAGCUGAUCAGAUUUUCUUCUACCAUAUACCUCAGUGAUGGACACUACAGGGUGAAGGAUUAAAUGCUAUAAUAUGAAUAAUACUGAAAGAAAGCAGUAAGAAAUCAGACAAAUCUCUAUCCUCAGACGACUACGCUGUCUGAAAUGAUGUUAUUUUAUGUACAAAGCCGACUUUCACCAUGACGUGUGGCAAUUAGGCAGACGAUGCCACGUUUGGCCACAUAGGCCCUAUAAAUACCAGGGUGUAAGACAUGCUCACCAGCAUGGGAGUGUUUUUUUUUUUUUUUUGCACAGUGCUAUAGUUUACACGGCUUUAAAAAACGUUACAGCGCCAUCUGCUGGCCCAAGUGCGAAGCUCACCUCUAAAUGUAUCUAAAUGUGAUCCUAGUUUUAUUCGGGAGGCUUAAAAAACUCCACAUAUUUCUAUUUUCAUAAUGUGAUUAAAUGUGGAUGUGUGAUGCCAGACAAAAAAGAAGAAAAAAAACUCAAAACAGCCAAAUGUUUCUGGCGAUGUCUUUUUCUGUGUGCUGAAACGCUUUAAACGUAGACGCAGGCCUUUAUUAAAGAGAACAAACUGUUUACACACACAAAAAAAAGAUGUACAAUCGACGAUCGGUGCCGUCACUCGGGUCUGCUUUCUGUCGUCGAUAUUUGUAUAACUGCUCUGACUCAGGAAAAUAACUGCAAUGUUUAAAGUUAACGUGUUGUUCUUUGAUACCUGUGACUUUGAAAUAAAGGCUACAUCAAUCCUGUAAAUGAA